GCUAUUUAAUAUAAGUUGAUAUUUAUAAAAAAGUUAAGUUAAAGAGUAGUUUUCAAUACCCAAGCUAUGAUACGGAAUAAUGAUAUAUAUUACUAUUAUUACAUUAAAUGAUUUUAAAAAAAUGGAAGAAAACCCAUCAGGCGUUAUUUUGACUCUUCAAAAAGAUGAGAUUGAUUCCAAUGAAAUGGAGGUGAUCAAGCUUAAGAAAGAAUUGGCAAGAGUUGAAGCUGUCUGUGAGAGGUAUGAGAGAUACAAUGAAGAUCUUCAACAACAAGUAGAAAAAAUGAGUUGUCAACUACAAGAAUGGAGACAAAAAAUCUUAGGUGAAAGAAACUGUGCUGAAAAUCAAACAGAAAUGAAAACACCAUCUUUAAAGAAACUGUGUCUUAAUGGAGAUAGCUCUCCUUGUCUUUGUCCCUGUCAUCUAAAAGAAAUAUCUUUAUUAGAUGUUAGCACACAAACUUUUGAGAGUGACUUUAUGGGUAUAGAUGAACAAGGUUCAGUUGAAGAUUGGACUCUUCCAGAAGGAUCCAGAGCUUCUGUGGCUGAUCUAGUCAAACAAGCUGCCAGUGAAGCACUACAGUCUUCAGAGUAUGUGUAUGACAUCAAUUCAAGCAUGUACUAUAGCAUCAACACUGGGUAUUAUUAUGAUCCUGUAAGCACUUUGUUUUAUGAGCCUUACUCUGGAUCUUAUUACAUGUAUGAUGAAGCAACAAAGUCCUACCACUUUCACUCACAAGUUGCCCUGUCUGAGCAUGAAGCUAGUCAUAAAAGACACCAUCAAAUAUCUCACAAAAUUGCUCCUUCUGGAGAAGGAAAUAGCCAUUCAGAAGAGACUGAUAACACCUCUAACCAGAAACUACAUUCUGAAAUGUCAGAAAUGACCCAUAGGUAUCUCCAAACAAAUUAUAGAAAGAGGACAAGAAAAAAGCUUAAAACUCAGGGAAAAAAUCCAAAACUUGAGCAAGGGGAUGCAAACAUUGCAAGAAAAGAAAUAAAUGAUGAUACAAAGAUGGUGGGAUCAGGAGAUUCAAGCAGUAGUAGUUCAAUAGAAGAGGGGGAGCUUGAAGACACAAAUUCUGAGUUAUCGGGUUCAGAAAACUCAGAGACUGAAAGUGAUAUAACUAAAUCUGUUUCUGAGGAUGAGGAACAGUGUGAUUCAUUGCCACCUUGUAUACGACUAAUAGUAGUUAACUCAGAAAAUUUACUCGAAGGAAGCCUUUUGAUGGUAACAUGUACUGGAGCAACAGUUGGUCGAGAAGAGAAAAAUGGUCUUUGUAUUCCAGAUUCUUCUGUUAGUAAGGAACAUGCAGAAAUCAGUUUUGAAGAGAUUCAUGAAAGAUACAUGAUUCGAGACCUUGGGAGCCAGAAUGGAACAUUCAUCAAUUUUAUUCGUCUUUCGGAGCCUAAGCAGCCAAGUGACUUACAUCCUUUGAACCAUGGUGAUGAGUUAAAAAUCGGAAAUUCUACUUUACUAAUACACAUUCAUCAAAACAAAGAGACUUGUGAUGAAUGUGAGCCAGGGCUUGUUCAAGCUGCAUUAGCUGCCCAAAAAUCAACAUUGAAAGACCGAUGGAUCAUAAAAUCUAAAGAAGAGAAAGAAAAAGAGCGAAGAAAGGAAUUGAAGGAACUUAAAAGGAAAUUUGGACUUGAGAGAUCCAGUUACCAGAUGAAACAGUCAAACACUGUGGAAAAGUUAGGAUAUCAGGAUCGUGCUGAACACAGGAGGAAGACUAAGGGUAGUGACAACCCUCAUGAGAAAGAUGCUACACCAGCUUCCAUGGACCAACCACUUCCUCCAGAAAAUAAAGGAUUUCAACUUCUUAAGAAAAUGGGAUGGUCUGAAGGACAGAGUUUGGGUAAAUGUCAAACAGGAAAGACAGAGCCAAUUCAGAUACAGAUGAGAAAUUCCAAAGUUGGACUAGGUGCUACAAGUGUCUCCUUUACUACAAAACCAACAAAUAAAACUAAGCACUGGAAGAAGGCCCAGCAAAGGUUUUUGGAAUUGGCAGAAGAUCAUGCAUCACCCUGAAUCAUGACUGUGCUUUUUGGAAGGAAAAUCAAAAUUAUUAACUGAACUACAAAAGACAUGGCAGAUUCUCCAGUCUUUCAAGCCCAGAGAAUACAUUAAAGUUGACAAUGGAUGAAGUAAAAUUUGGGAGCUGAUUCAUUAGUUUUGGACUGAAUGAUAAAGAAAGCCAUGCCUAACAUACCUCCUUCAGCAGGUAUCCCAGAAAUGAUACUGAAUGUCUCUGCUUCACCAAAGUUUGGAAAAUCUAGUUUCAGUAGUCAUAAAAUGUCUAUACCAUAUGAUAAAAUUUUACUUUUCCUCUUGUGAUAAAAGGAAUUAAUUUUAAAUAUGGAUGGUGCAUGUCAUAAGUCUUUUCCAACUACAGCCUGGAGCUCUAAGGAUUUUUAAAACAUUUAUAUGAAUAGUGAAAGGGUUCUUGAAAGAAUGAAAUUAUACCCACAUCACAAUAAACAUUUCUACUGAUGAGUAGUUGGUGUUGAACUACUUUUACUAAGCUAUUAAAGUAUAAUUUAGCUUAUGUCAUAAAUACUUUCUUGUUUAAGACCUAUUGUAGACCCCUGGUGGGUUAUGCUAAAGUUUCAUGUUGAAACUAGAGGCAUUUGAUUUAAAAAUAAUAUUAGUGCUGAAGCUGGCUUGUUGGCACAAUUCUUGUAUUCAGAGGAGUAAUAAAGAUGCUCAAACUUCUUUGUUUAAAUUUUGAAAUGAAGUUUAGUGAAUUUAUUUAAAACUUACCUAAGAGAUAAAAAAUGGGAAGUAGGUUAUUGUCCAACCUAUAAAUACAUAAUGUUUUGCAGGAUAGGCUAGCAGUUAUUCACCCCUUACAUGUUUAUAUUAAUUUCUUGCAACGAAAUAUUUAUAAAUUAAAAAUACAGUAAAUGUAAUGAUUAUGAUAAUAACAAGAAAAUUCCACAUGCAUAAAACUUUCACGUACUUAAAUGUUGAAUCAGGUAUACCCGCAGGUGAAAUUGUCUUGAUAAAGAAUAAUGACAGUUUAUAUUUGUAGUUUGCCAUCAUACAACUAAAAUUGUCUCCUGAUUUAAUACCUUAAGUAUCAGGAAAAUCCAGUUGACAGUAAAAGGUUUUAUAAAUCCUAUUAUCCAAAACCUUUUUUUUCUUUUUAUAAAAAAAUUUAUAAUCAGAAAUAAGCUGCAUUAUUUUUGUAUAAUACAGGAGCCAAUACCUACAAUUUUAAUAACAUGCUAACUCAAACUUGUUUUCUUAAAAGUCAAUAAACAGUAUAUUGUAUGUAUUUUUCAGACACUAAAUGUUUUCAAAUGACUAAAAAGUGUAUUUUCCCAAAUCUCAUCUCAUUGAAUGAACAAAACUUUUAAUAUUUUGGCUGUAUAUGCAAUAAUAACUGGAAGAGAGUUCAUGGAUGAAUAUGGUACAAGUUUAUUGUUUCGUUAUUGUUGUUUAUUAUAAUUUCACAAUAAUUUAUCUCCUGUAGGACAAAAGUUAAAUGAGAGAUUCAUGUGUAAGCUCUGAAAAAAAAAAAGAGGAGAAAGAUAAGUGAAAGGUGUGUGAGCAUAACACAUCAUGUUCAUGUUGUGCCACAAAGAGAAAAUAAAAUUAUUAUAAUUUUUCUUGCAGUGUACUUGAAAAAGAAAAUUUCAAACUGAGAUACAAAAUGCUAAUUAACUUAAAUGAAAGAAGUUUCAUCCUGUUCUAAAAUAUACGUUUUUUGUAGAUUUUGAAACUAUACUCUUCAUCUGAAAAUUGGUUCCUUUGUCUUGAGUUAUAGCUCUAUAAAUGCAUGCAUCUUGGUUCCUGGAAGAUGUACUGUACUGUGUUUAGUGAAAAUAAA